UUCAGUACGGCAGUAACAACCCACUGGCACCGUCGUAAGCACUUUGCCCAUUGACCUGUCUCAAACCUGCAUUGGCGUUGUAGUAAAAUCGCAAGUGCACGCUGAAGAAGCUCCCGGAGAGCGAAAGGGUCCAGUUUUUUGUGCCCGCUUCAUUGUAUGGGUCAUUCAUUCAUCACGCGCAAUGGUCACAAGGACAACGGGCGAGGUUAGGCCGUGCCAGAAUAGAAUAGGAAAAUCUAGGCCGAACAGCAAUGAGAGUGUGCAGAGAAGGCAGCAUCUCCUUCCCACAGCAUCCUACGAUUUCGCGUGAAAAAAAGAGAGAGAAGAAGCGCACGAGAGCAAACAGUGUCAAACAUCACGCGCGCAGCAUCAUCCCUGAAGGACGAAAUUGUGAGAUGAGAUGUGCUCUACUCACAGUGUACUAGUCGGCUAUGUAUGUGUGUGUGUGCCACUACUACUACAGCUGCUGAUGUAUUUCCUCUUUUUUCUCACCCGUCUUAUCUCGACCUAAACAACAUCCCUUUUUCCGAUAAAAUCCUGCCUGGAUACACAGGAAAGAUAGAAAGAGAGAGAAAGAAACAAUUUUCCUUCGUUUCCCUAGUUUUUCCCAUUUUCGCCGUGUAGCAACAAUGUUUCGCGUUACGAUAAAGGUCCCGUUUUUCUCGCUACCUCAAUUUGUCGGCGAGGACGUCUUUUCCUUGCCUUGCCUUCAUGCCCUUAUGUGCUCUACAUUUUCUUCCGAAUGCGAGAAAAAAUAAGGUGUGCCCUUUUUCGGGAUUUUAGGCAAUACUAUGUGGCAAUCGAGCGAGAACUGGUUUUCCCGAAGCCUGCCUCAACAAAAACAGGCUCAAUCAAUUCGCUUUCGAUGGUUGCUAGAGAAUGCUUUUUUUUCGGUGGAGGGUGUGGAAAAGUAGCAAACCUUGGAGACAGAUUUGUGGGCAUAAAUUCCCUCAAUUGUAGGUUUUGUUUUAUUCCGUCAAGCUGCGGAAUCUAAGCAGGCGUAUCUAAAUCGUUUCAAACGUCAAUUUGUUACUGUGACGAACUGUGCCGCGGUUCUUGUUUAUUCCUCCCUCGGAGAAAUUUUUCUAUUGAACCUGUCCGUUGCGUGCGUGCCAGUGGCUCAUUGCGAUGGUUCCGGAGGAUGUCAGCCGACUGUUUGAGUUCUGGUGCGAAAUUGCUCCGGGUACGGCCGACGAUACUGCGCCGGGUCACAUCGUGGAAAGCUUCCCGGAGUCGUUCAAGGAUGCGAAGGUUAUCGCCGACAUUCCUGCGUUUGCGUUUCCGUGUGCGUUUGAAAGCCGCACCAUACAGGUCCACUCGUUCGUCCUGACCAACAUCGACUCGAAAUGGCGGUUCGGGUUCUGCCGGCACGAUCCAAAAUCACCCACAGCGAUGGUGAUAAUCACGUACCUUCCGUGGCACGAUACGUUCAUGCGCUUCCUAAACGUACUGGCCGAUAUUCGCAAGAACCGACCGAACGAGUUUCCAUCGUUUCUAGCCGAAUCGUACAACAAAGGCGUACCGGAACCGGGCGCCUGUCUGAAGCUACACUACGAUCGAGCCUCCCAAACGUUCCUGUUCCAAAGACCUCAACAGUUCCAGCUUCCCAGUAUUCCGGAGAAUCACAAUCUCAACCAAUACUACAACUUCGUGGAACCAAAAUUUAUGAUAGGAAUAUUCGCCGCUAUGCUGGCAGAGCGGCGCAUCAUAUUUGUUUCGCGACGGCUCGAUAUCCUAUCGUCGUGUGUGCAGGCGGCGAAUGCGUUCCUCUAUCCGAUGGUUUGGCAGCACAUCUUCAUACCGGUGCUGCCGAUGAAGAUGAAGGAAAUACUGGACGCACCGAUGCCGUUUCUGAUCGGCGUACCGGAGGCGGUGUACGAAACGUUACAGCGGGAGGAAAUUGGUGACGUCGUUAUACUGAACUGUGAUAAACGAACGCUGGAUACACCGUUCGAUGAUGUGAAAAGUAUGCCCCAGGAAUUGGUGAGCUCGCUCAAGAAACAGCUCUCCAACCAGGCCGAUCAUCGGGGCGAUCGGGUUUCAAAGAUAUUUCUAGGUAUUCUAGUGCAAUUAAUUGGUGGAUAUCGGGAUGCUGUAAAGUUUAACGAUAAAAUAACCUUCGAUCCGGAAACAUUCAUCGAGUCGCGACCGUCACAUUUACGGCCCUUUUUGGAUAAGAUGCUCGAUUUGCAGAUUUUCCAACAGUUUAUCGAAGAACGGUUGGAUAUGUUAAACACUGGUCAGGGAUUUUCGGACGAGUUCGAGGUAGAGUACUUCCGGUACGCGGAAAAAUCGGGCCGAAAGACGAAACAGUACAAGGAUUUGCUGAAAAACUUCAAGGAUAAGACUAAUCCAGCUGUACGUUCGGCGGUCAAAUCGGUUAAGGAAGGUGGCAAAGGUGUGAAAACUGCUUACAAGGGCUUACGGUCGAAAUUUCGUGAAACGACCCCACCGAAAACCAAGCUCGAUAGUAGCAGUAGUUUGCAUCUGCACCAUCAGUACGAUGUUGGUGGACACCAUCAGUCGGCACCUAACUCGCCGGUCUUUAACAAGCGUCCGCAGACGAUUGCGCUACCGGACGAUGUGUACCAUACGCACAACCCGCACCAAAUGCUUACACCAUCGUCGACCUCGCUACACAACUCACCACAUAUCCUGCUGGGCAGCCAUCAUCACCAGCAUCAUUUGCAUCAAUCGCUGCCACAAAGCAAUGGGGGCGUCGGUGGUGGCAGUGCCGGUAACAGUAGUAGUGCCGGUUAUCAUAGCGCCUCGGCUGCGAUGACCCGCAGCGGUAGCAGUGCUGCUGGCAGCACAAGCCACAUGAACAACAACAAUCACAGCUAUGCCAACAGCAGCAACAACAAUAACAACCAUAUGACUAGCAGCAGUGCGAGCGACAUACGCAGCCCAACGCUUAGCCCCACGAGCUCGAACUCAUCGUCGGAGAUGAACCUGUGGCAGGAGAUGCAACACCAUCUGACGCUAUUUAAAUCGCCCGCCGUUAACCGGAAUCUCAAGCCAACGAACAGUGCGGAAGGCGGCAACACCGGCAGCCGACCAUCAUCCCGGGCGGGAGCACCGGUCAGUCCACCGGGUGGAAGUAGUAACGCUCUACCUCGCAUACAGGAAUCCGUGGCAGUCGGUACGCAACCGCUGCUCAGUCUAGAGCUGAAUGAUGCACGACAGCACACCGCGCAACCGUACAAUAGCUGCAACAACAAUGGCAGUGGCGACUACCACAACGAGGACGAUCAAACAAACUUCGAUCUGUCGCCGGAUGCACCGUGUCCACCGAUACCGCCAAGGCGCUUCCAAUCGGCGGCCGACGCACUGGCCGCCAUUCAGAUUUCUCCCCCACCCAUGUCACCACCGUCGUCUUCCUCGUCGAACUCGUCGCCCUAUCGUACCUACAACAAUUUCAUACCAGCGGUAGCGAAGGCGAAACCACCAAUCGCCGUACCGUCCGGUACGUCCUCCCCGUCGAUCAUCGAUCAGUCACCUCCCUUACCUUCCCCACCGCCUCCGCCCCCUUUGAAGGCGCAGGUCGAUACUUCCAUUCGGCGCAACGAUAUCCUCCAGUUCGAUGACGAGGAGGAGCAGCUGAUCACGCUAACCACGACGAUGACGACGGUCGGUGGAUAUGCGGGUACGGCGACCACAACCACCACCAGCAUGUCUAUGACGUUCGGUCAGCCAGUGGGUCGAAAUCAUGAGCUCGCUCCCACGUCCAACAGCACUAUGCACAACAGUCACAUCCUGCCGUCGCUGCUGCCCCAAACGCAACACCCGAAGCAACAACCGAACGUACAAACUGUGCCAGCAACAGCGGGCAAAACGCCACCAUUGCAGCAUGCCUAUACCUUGCCUCAUCCACCGAAAGCGCAAGCGCCUCAGCCACCGCAACGGCCACCGCUUGCUCCGAAGCCCACCUUCCGCAAAGAGUCUCAAAACGGUGACACACCCGAUUUCCCUGCGUCCACAUCCGGGAUCACCGGCGGAAACAUCACCCCACCGGUGAACGAAGAAUCCCUCGAUCUAAUCACGCUGGAUACCACCAACUCGAGCUUCGAGCUGGAGGACUUCGAUCCGCUCAAUGAACGGGCGAAACCGAUCGGGUCGGGUGGUCCGGUCGGCACAGCGCAUGCGACCCCCAGCUCAGCACUAACACCCUCCAGCUAUUCGUCAGGCUUGGCAAACGCAUCCGGCGUCACGAUGCCGACGGCAUCCUUUCCCUCGACCAGUCUGAGCGUUAAUAAUCCGGUCUAUCCUUACUUUACACCGCUUUACCAACAUAAUGUCGCCGUGGCUUCGCACCACCCCGCCCAUCAUCAACCACACCAACCUCACAACCACCACCGGGCACUAGGGACGGGAAGCGAUGGACAAUCACAACCACGGCGUCCGUACAGCAGCGUCGGUGAACGCACGAGCGUACCCACUGGUGCUGGUACUGGUGCCAUUGCCCGGGAAAGCAAUGUUUCGGACGAUUUCGAACUGUUGCGAAACUAUGGUUUAGAUAAGUUCUCACUGCUGGACGGUGGUAGCACAAAGCCAACACUGCACAUUAACGGGAGCACUAGUAAAGCCGAGCAACCGAACACGACCAAUCUUCUUCAUAAUGCGCAGGUUCCCAAUGGCCGGCCGCACGGUUGCAACGGUAGUAAAUAUCCGACGAUGGAUGCCAACGGUGGUCAGCCGAAAUCAACCUUCAGCAACUGGACGACGUUCGAUUGAUCAUGGUCAGUGUUAUGCGAGCUUGUACCAGCUGCCUCCUAGGGCACUGUUUCGAUAGUCGAGAGGAAAAUAGUUUCUCAGCAUAUGCAAUACAAAAUAUGAUAAAAAAGAAAUCGAAAUUAAAUCCCACAUUCCAAUCACAGGAAUGGUGUUUAUGCGUUACUGCUUAUUCGCUACAAAUAUUAAACAAACAAAUGAAAAACAAAACGGUAGUUGAGCGCGCAUAAAAUUUAUCCAAUUGCAUCAAUGCCUAGGCCAUAUUAAACGUGUAAUCAGUUAUCAUACAGCGAACUAGAGAGCCAAUACUGUUUUUUUGUGUGUAUUUAUUGUACGAGGAAAUUAUACACACCACACACCUUAAACCAGUCUUCUUCUUUCUGCUUGUGGUCUUUUGUUUUAUAUUUUUAUUUUAGUUUUGUUCCAAUUGUUUAGCAUGUAGUGUGUCAUAGAAAUGAAACGAAAAAUGUAGCUGGGCAGGUUUCAGUCACUAACAAAAGGGAAAUUGUAUGUAAGGAGAAGUGGUGUACAAGCAAAUGAUAUGCUUUCCAGCGAAAAAAAAUACAUUUACCGUAGUUAGGCGGUAAGCAUAGCUAAAAACAUAAUCGUAAAACGAUUUAAAAUUAGAGCCACAUUAGCGAGCGUGUUCGCAACAGCAAAGCUCGAUCACAGGAUGGGAUGUAGAAUAGAGAAAACAAAAAGACACACACGGCAACAGAAUGUAAAUCUGAUUUAAUUCGUAAACAUAUGCACAAACAAAGGUGUAACAGAAAGGAGUCAAAAUGCAAGCGAUACUGAACGGGUAGAGGUAAAAUGUGCGUUGAAUCGAAAAUUGCCGCACAUUAAGCAGUAGAAUAAAGAAAUAAUAUAUGAAAGUGUUUGCGUAUAGUUUAUCGCAUAAACUACCACCACUAGUGGAUAGUGCAUUUUAAAAUGUAUCCGUUGCCAGAAAGGGGUAAUUAUUUAAUACUAGUAGCAUACACCAAAAUGUGUGGCAGGAGAUAGAAAUUGACGAUCGCGUUCUGUAGCGUAGCGUCUUAACCAUGCCACUUACGGUUAUGAUCAAGUCAUAGACAUCACAUCACAGUGCGGAAUGAGUAUCACCGCUCGAACUAGCAUCAUGAGCGGCAUUGGAUGGCAGAUGUAAGUUUUAUUUGAACGUAAAGAUCGUCAACGAUCUAGCUAUUUCUAUUUGCGAUACAAAGUUCAGUAGAAAGUGAUCAUAUAUUACUGCUUAAUACGAUAUUUUAACGCAUCUUUAACUAUCCUAUUAAGGAGGAAACAAAAAAAAAACAACAACAUAUAUCAUAAAUCGUACUACGAUAGAUAAACCAAAUAUUCAAACAAACAAACAAAAUAACAAGAAAAUGACUCAUUUGCCCAUGGCGCCACGAGAAACAGAAACGAGCGUUUUUUGGGUGGAAAUGCAGCAUUAAUUGCAUGGAGGUGAUAACGUUUAAGGUAUUUAGUCAAAAUGUAACGAUCGAUGGAGGUUAGUAAUUUUUAAUCGAUUCUCUACGUGGAAUCAUACAAAAGUGCAAACUUUUUUGCAUCACACAAACACGCUGCUCAAAUAGGCCGUAUAUAUAUACCGAAGGGCGAAAACGAAGUGUUUUGUUAGUUCUUUAUUGAUAUUGAACAUCAUUUAAUCAAUUGAAUAGCGCAUGGGUUUGCUCUCUUUCUCUCAAUCUCUCUCUCUCUCUGUCUCUAUCUCUUUACAAAUACAUCACGCUGUGGAAAACAAUUCUCUACAAGUUUUAACAUCACAGCGGCCCCAAAAACACACGUGCGACAUGACCAAACGGGGAAAAGUAAGAUGUGCCGUGUGGAAUCUUUUAUAUUACGGUGUAAUAUCACAUCACAUAUGAUAGAUUUUUUUUUAGUUAGGACAUGUAACGAAAGAGAAACAAUACUAUACUGGCUAGAAGAAGUAAACUUCCAACCCUAUUGGAUGAACAGUUAUCAGUUGUGCCGUUUGGAGCUCAAAACUCAAUAUUUAACCCGAAGUAUAUACAUAAACAUAGGAAGAGCGCCGAGAUACAAGUUUUACUACCAAAAAAAAAUACACUAUCAAUCAUUGGCAAGCAGUGUACGAACUAUUCUAGUGUCAAAUGGUAGUAUUUUUUUGUUUAGGUUUUCGGAUUGCGCGCUGCAUCCAUCGUAAUAUCAUCAAUGUAAUGAAGGCAGGCAAAACGGUAUUCGAAUAGCACCGAUCCGUGUCUAUAGUGCGCGUGGAUGUGAAAAUUAAAUUUGAAAAAAAGAACAUUUAAAAUAUCCUGGCAAAAGAAAUGUUUGGUAGUAACCGCAAGGAAAAACAAAACUAUAACAAAACCAGUAAAUGAUCAUUAUCUAUGAUAGACAAAUUAGACGUAAUGGCAUGUGGAUCAAAUUCAGCUGGAUGGCUAAAUUCUAACAUUUUAUGCUGUUGAAGAGAAAGGGAAAAUGCAAACACUGUAUAAGGCCGUACGGUGCGUUCUAUUGCUUUAUUAUUAUGUUGUUUUUUUUUUUGCAAAACAAUACCAAUUGUUACAGUAAAUAAUCUAAAAUCGAAUACGAACAAUUGGUAACCAACACGCGGGAAUCAAUAUUGGGUUUUUUUUUUAAAUGUUGGUUGGAUUCAAAAUCAUUCCAACCAAAUAUGCUUCUUGAUUGGACAGGACCAGGAUACUGUUGGACAUGAGCAACGUUUAAGGGAGCCAAUCCCCUGGAUUGGGUGUGGUGUGCAAGUGAUUCGUUGAGUUCGAAAGUUUGUGCGUGGUAGAGCAUAGAGAUGGUAGAACAGACAGACUAUAUAUAUAUAUUGGAAAACGGAUGUUGAAUGUCAAAUAAAAGACGAAACAUAUUACAAAAACGA